UCAAGCCCUAGAAAGCAGGAGCAACCUGCUUGUACAACUGGCGGUGGCGCCUUUGAUACAGGCGAAAUAGGCACCGAUUACAGUAAAGUGCUGAGGAAUGAGAUAGCCCGUAUAGAUGGCUUCCAUUUCUGCAAGCCCUUUCCUAAAUUCCUAUCUUCCCAUCUUCAACCUUGCACCUCCACAACGAACAACACCACCGCCAUCAUCAUCGCUGGCACCACCACUGCUGUUGUCACUUUCGCAUCCUGGCUCUUCCUCGAGCUGAGCCUCAGCAAUUAA